ACAAAAAAUUCAUAAUAAACGAAUACCAAUUUAUCUGUACAGAUACGGAGGACAGUAGCGGCGAGAUACCAGCGCUUCCUGACCAGCUGUGACCCUAUAACCUCGCACAUCGACAAAAUGCCUUAUCACCGCACUAUUACCAACUUAUUGACCGGGAAGGUUCGUUAUCAGUCGCCAACGAAACCCGCCAGCGUAAACAUGAACAUGAAAUAAGUGAUAUGAACUCAAUUAACGUGAUACACUUGUGGACGAAUGAUGUGCGUUAAAUCUUUAAGAUGGGUGAUCUGCUACCGAGUAUACCGAGGAGUACGUUCGCGAGUGAGGUAGACGGAGGGAAUUACAGCCUCGAGGGCCCGAGAGUGACAGAGUACCGGUCUGACGCGGAGCUGGCCGCUGUGGAGCUGUUCCGUGACUACCCGGAGCCACUGCUUCGCUUCGCUUCCGUGUGCUGCGUGCUCUUCAUGCUCGUCGGCAUCCCUGGCAACCUCAUCACCAUUGUUGCACUUGCAAGGUGCAAGAAGGUUCGCAACGCUACCGCAGUGUUCAUAAUGAACCUGUCAUGUUCCGACCUCUUGUUCUGCUGCUUCAACCUGCCGCUCGCUGCGUCCACCUUCUGGCGCCGUUCCUGGGCUCACGGCAGAAUCCUCUGUCGAAUGUUCCCCCUCGCGAGAUACGCACUCGUUGCAGUAUCUCUCUUCACGGUCCUGGCUAUCACAAUCAAUAGAUAUGUGAUGAUCUCCCAUCCACGUCUAUACCCCAAGUUGUAUCGACGUCAAUACUUAGCAGUAAUGGUGGCAAGUACUUGGGCUUUCUCAUUUGGAGCAUUAAUAGCAACGUGGUUAGAAAAGUGGGGCAGAUUUGGCUUGGAUCCUACGAUUGGUUCCUGUUCAAUACUUCCCGACAAAAAUAAUCGAUCCCCGAAAGAAUUCCUCUUUGUGGGUGCCUUCAUGUUGCCCUGUCUGGCCAUUGUGAUUUGCUAUGCUAGAAUAUUUUGCAUUGUUAGAGAAGCAGCAAGAAAGUCACGAGCCCCAGCACGAGGGCGAUCCCGGCCAGGAUUAGAAGACUCUGCAGUUGGUUCAGCUUCAACAGCAUUGGAACGAUCUCCUGGCCCCGAAAAUGGAAUCAAUCACGUAGCUCCACCAAGAAGGGCUCUCCUAGCACCACCAGCACUGCACUGUCCUCCGACACCCGGACCUGAGCGGUCGUCGUCGUCUGGUGUUGAUACAUUAGAUGGCCACGACGAGGAGUGCGCACUGGACGCUAAGCCUAGAACACCGAGUGGUGGUGAAACUGCUAAACGUCUUAGACAAGCUGCAGUCGCAUUAAGACGGUCACCAGCUUCUGUAAGACCACCUCGACUGACGCCAAAAGACAGAAAGUUACUAAAGAUGAUAAUGGCAAUAAUGUUAUCGUUUUGGGUGUGUUAUUUGCCCAUAACUUUGACGAAGAUAUUUCGAGAGUUUACGUCGCAUCCAGCGGCGAAUAUAGCGGGGUAUAUACUGAUAUACCUGACGACGUGUAUCAACCCCAUCAUUUAUGUGGUGAUGUCGUCUGAGUACCGGCAGGCGUACAAGAACCUACUAAUGUGUCGUCGCUGGGCGUGACGUUCGCCCGGCGAUGGCGCCUCCGAGAAGCGCCCGCCGUGACUAGUCGUAAAUCGCUGGACAGCCUGAAUAACUGCAAAUAAUGGACACUCAAGUACAUGUGUGUAAAAGAUAAGUGACCAUAAACUGGUGUAGUGUAGUGACAGCGUUAACUUAUUUGUGUAUACGUAGAAGACGUUCAGUUACGUAGACAAUUUUGUAAUCGCGAACCGUCCGUGAUUGUGCUUAGAGGUGGGAAAGGAAGCAAUUACAAUGUUUUAUACUGAAGUAGAUAUUAUGAUAUUAUACAUGAUAUUUAAAUUACAUAGUAAUCUCGUAUAUACUCAGCGCGAUCAUACGGAUGCCCAAAUGAAACAUCCUACGGUCGUAUUAAUCAUCUCAUUCAGUGUAUUUAGUGAUUUACAUUUUUAUCAUCAAAAUGAUAUGAAUGAGUCAUUGUUAAUGUUUAAUGGUACAUUGUAAAGUAUUACAUUCGGAACUUAGCAAUAAGUCAAUGAAAGUGAACUAAGUUGGGAAGCAAUAUUAAAGUAGUGACGACGUGUCGGGCUAUAGUGAACCUCUGGAGCACUAUCAAUCUCGGGCGUACCCAUGACAGUUAAAUUGACUCAUUAAGGAAAAUAAAAUAAACAAAAGGUUAAAUAUUGAGUCUUUGUAUUCAUUUGUAUUCAAAUGUUUGCUAUUGAGUGACGUGUUUUAAGUUGUGUUGUUGAAAAUGGGUGAAUCUUCUAUAUGGGGUGUUGACAAUGCGAGUGGGAUACCUGGAUUGCACUCGUACGACUCUGAUGCAGCACUGGCUGCGGUGGAGUUGUUCGAGGGCUACGACCAGCCUCUGCUGCGCUUCGCCUACAUUAGCUGCAUGCUGUUCAUGCUCAUCGGCAUCCCUGGCAACCUCAUCACUAUCAUUGCACUGGCAAGGUGCAAGAAGGUCCGCAAUGCAACAGCCUUCUUCAUCAUCAACUUGUCCUGCUCUGACCUGCUGUUCUGCUGCUUUAUCCUGCCACUAGCUGCGUCCACAUUCUACAACAGAUCCUGGGCUCAUGGCAAGAUCCUGUGCUACAUGUUCCCGUUCGCCAGAUAUGCAUUGGUAGCAGUCUCACUGUUCACCGUCCUGGCCAUCACGAUCAACAGAUACGUGAUGAUCUCCCAUCCCCGACUCUAUCCCAAAUUGUAUACAACCAGAAAUAUCUGCUUCAUAACGGCAGGCAUUUGGAUCUUCUCGUUCAGUGCGUUGUUACCCACGUGCUUCGAGGUUUGGGGCGAGUUCAGUUUGGACCCCAUCACUGGUUCCUGUACCAUCGUUCCUGAUGACAACCAGAAUUCACCAAAGAAAUUCCUUUUCAUCAUCGCUUUCAUCCUCCCGAGUCUAGCAAUUAUUUUAUGUUACGCUAGAAUAUUGUGGAUUGUUAGAAAAACCGCAAAGAAGUCACGAAACCCUCCUACGCAAAUGAAGGCUUUGAGCAUGAGUACCACGACAAUUGCAACCAGAUCUAUAGAUUUGGACAAACGCCCACCCAGGUACACAGUGCCCUCGUUUCCCAUGAACUGCUUCAUACACACAGCGGCUGAAAUAUCAAGCGAUAGUUCCACGCCAUCGGAUACAGAGAGACAGUCUGUGACCCCUCAGGACAAUACGCCUCGAUUUGGACAUGAUAAUAAAAAUUUCCGUCGAAGCUUCAUAGCCACGAUGAGGUGGACCACAAUACCUGCGAAGCCACGUCUUCCAACAAAGAAAGACAAGAAGUUACUAACUAUGAUAGUAGCUAUCAUGGUCUCAUUUUGCGUCUGUCACUUGCCUAUCACCCUUAUGAAGACAAUAUUCUUUGAAACGACGACACACUCAGUAGCACACGUGUUCGGGUAUGUACUCAUUUAUUUCACAACAUGCGCGAACCCCGUCAUCUACGUCGUCAUGUCUAAUGAAUACAGACAAGCAUACAAAAGUGUAUUUAAAUGUAAACGAUGAGAUUGUUUCUUUUUAUUCGUGUAAAUACUCAAUAGUGUUAUAUCUAAGUGCGAUAUUAACGAAAUUGAAUGCUGUUCGGCAGUGAUAAAGUCCUUAAUCGAACGGUUUAGAUCCAGACAUGGAGAUUGUCAUAGCAGAUUACUCGUACGUAGGUACUUGUAUCAUGAUUGUGAUAUUCGGGUAUCUCUCUAAUAAAACGUAAUUGAAAAUAUACUAAUAACUAUAACAAUAAUUUAUUACAUUCCGAUUUAAAUCAACAAGUCAUGUAGCUAACGAUGCCAUAUGAAUAACUUUCAGCUGUCUAAGUCAAUACGAGUCGAUUCUAUUUGUCUAAUACGUGUAAAUAUUUAUUAACUAAGCUUUAGCAAUAAUUUGUAGCAAAGAACUUUACCUAAGAUAAUGUUAGAAAGCAAUGGUAAUUACUCAGAUUUAUCGUAUACUAUUAGAUCGAAAACAUCAUAAGAAAUUGGAAAUGGGUAAACGAAAAAUUUUC